AUGCCCCGGGACAACAUGGCCUCCCUUAUCCAGCGCAUCGCCCGGCAGGCUUGCCUCACCUUCCGGGGCGGAGCGGCAUCGGGCCCCGAGCCGGCCUCGGGCGCCGGGUUCCCGGAGAACCUGAGCAAGCUGAAGCACCUGCUGACCCAGGUCCGCGCCGAGGACCUCAACAUCGCCCUGCGCCAGGCCCCCCAGCAGCCGCUGCCGCCGCACCUGCCGCCCGUGACCUACAUGCACAUCUACUAGACGGACGGCUUCAGCCUCGGCGUGUUCCUGCUCAAGAGCGGCACGUCCAUCCCGCUGCACGACCACCCGGGCAUGCACGGCAUGCUCAAGGUGCUCUACGGCACGGUGCGCAUCAGCUGCAUGGACAAGCUGGAGGCUGCGGCCGGCGAGCAGCGGCCCCGGGCGCCGCCUCCCGAGCAGCAGUUCGAGCCCCCGCUGCAACCCCGCGAGCGCGAGGCCGCGCGCCCCGGAGUGCUGCGCUCCCGGGCCGAGUACACCGAAGCCAGCGGUCCGUGCAUCCUCACGCCUCACCGGGACAACCUGCACCAGAUCGACGCCGUGGACGGGCCCGCCGCCUUCCUGGACAUCCUGGCCCCGCCCUACGACCCGGACGAAGGCAGGGACUGUCACUACUACCGAAUGCUGGAGCCCGUCAGACCCAAGGAGACCUGAGCCUCAAGCUCGGCCUGUGACCUGCCCAGAGAGGUGUGGCUCUUGGAGACCCCGCAAGCUGAUGACUUCUGGUGUGAGGGAGAACCCUACCCAGGGCCCAAGGUCUUCCCUUAGAGUGGCGGUGCCCCGGUGGUGAGCCUGAGAUUGGCACUGACUGCCCUGAUCAAGGAAGACCUGGAUGCUCGCCAUCCACCCAAGGGCUCUCUUUCUCUCCUCUCUCCCUCCCAACACCCCCCCCCCCCCCCC